CUUAGCUUGUUCAUAUAUAUCGUCGUCACACCAAAAAAAAAAAAACACAUAUAUACCAGCUUUGAUUUAUUAUUGGGUAUUAUAUAUUAUUACAACCCAGAAAAUGCUGGAAACCCUUAGGUACCUCGUCGGCUCCGCCGGUCCCUCCGGCUUCGGCUCCAAGUCCACCGCCGAAGAUGUCACCGGCGACCUCCGCCUCCUCACCGCCAUCAUCACAGGAGCGACGUCGGGGAUUGGAGCGGAGACGGCGCGGGUACUGGCAAAGCGGGGGGCGCGGCUGAUCCUGCCGGCCCGGAACAUAAAGGCGGCGGAGGAGACGAGGUGCCGGAUCCUGGCCGAGUCGCCGGAGGCGGAAGUCUUAGUCAUGCCUCUCGAUCUGAGCUCUCUGGCUUCGGUUCGGAGUUUUGUUGCUGAGUUUGAAUCGCUCCGUUUGCCUCUCAACAUUCUCAUAAAUAACGCGGGCAAAUUUACACACAAACAUGACACUUCAGAGGAGGGAAUCGAGAUGACGUUUGCGACAAAUCACUUGGGCCAUUUCCUAUUGACGAAACUACUACUUCAGAAGAUGAUCGACACGGCAGAGCGCACCGGCGUUCAGGGGAGGAUCGUCAACGUGUCAUCCGGCAUCCACACCUGGUUUUCCGGCGACCCCAUCAGUUACCUCCGCCUUAUCACCAAAGACAAGAGUAAGUACGAUGCGACGCGUGCAUAUGCGCUCUCAAAGCUCGCCAACGUUUUGCACACCAACGAACUUUCGCAGAGACUCAAACAAAUGAAGGCAAACGUGACGGUAAAUUGCGUUCAUCCUGGGAUUGUGAGAACCGGCCUCACUCGGGAGCGCGAUGGAAUCUUUACUGAGCUGGUCUUUUUCUUGGCUUCCAAACUUUUGAAGACAACCCCGCAGCGGCUUAUAGGCUGCAGCGACGACAUGCUACGUGGCAACACAUCCGAGGCUGGGAAAUGUGAGUGGAAAGUACUUUGCAGACUGCAACGAAGCUUCCACUUCGAAGUUGGGUUCCAGUCCAACCGAGGCUACCAGAAUGUGGUUCCUUUCCGACUUUUUGGUUUCUCAACGCCCUAACACUUUGGAUCCUUUCAAAUGCUUUUUCUUGGACUGAUGAAUUUCAUUAUUACUCAAGAAGAAGAAGAUGAUGAUGAUGAAGAAGAAGAACCCUAAUUAACUAUAUAUAUUGACCACAGCACCAGAAUGAAUGAAGAAUCUGCAUAUAAUUAAGUAGUUGUAUAAUUUAAGACAUUGCGCGCCGUAUCUAUUAUACACGAGUAUAUGAUGCUACAUAUGUAAGAGAAGAAAUAUUUGCACUAAAUAGCACUAAAACUU